AUGAGCGCCACCGAAAUCACCACAUCCGCGACCGCGGACCUGCCCUCGGGCGAUCCCGUACCAUCCGCCAUCCCGCUGCCCGUAGCAAAGCCCAAGCCCUUCCCAAUCAAAGAAGUCAUCACAGCAGCACCCUCGAACAUCGAUGCUUUUCUAGCCCAUCUCCAGCGCUGUCUACAGACGCCCUCGGGUAUUGACACCACGCUGCUGUUCCUGUGCUAUUCCUCGCGCUUCUCCGCCUCUAUCCUCGAACAUCUGACCCGCCCCGCCAUCCAGCGCAGCGCCCAGCAACUCCUCGCCCUCGCAGCUAGCCUGCCCCCCUCCGCCACAUUGGUAUUCACUGCCAAAGCCCUACCCGGCCGUGGGGCAGCCCUCGCCCUGGUUUUUGCCAAGCGAUUGCGCGCCCUCAGCGCCAUGGUGACCGACGCUCGGACCUUCCUAAGGCUGUGGGGAUUGCUGAAUAUGUACUUCUGGCUCCGCCGCCUCGUGGCGAAGAAGACGGAGGCGGAGACGGAGAAGGACGCCGGGAAGAAGACAGAUAAGCUCGAGACGGCCAUCUCCUGGUUCCAGUUGUCCACCUGCAUCAUCUUCCAGGCCCUCGAGAACGGCGCAUAUCUCUCCUCAAAGGGCGUCCUAGGUUGGGCGCCUGCUACUCAGCGCCGUGCUUCUCUGUGGAGCGCGCGGUUCUGGGCCGCGUUCGUGGGUGCUGAGGUCGGGCGGCUACUGUAUGAGAACCGCAAGCGUGGACAGCGAACUCGCGCUGAGAAGUUCGCUGAUGGCAAGACGGCGUCGGAGGUCCAGAUCGAGGAGACCGAGUGGACUGCUACCUGGCGCAAGACCCUCCUCCGCAACCUCGCUUGGGCCCCGCUUACGCUGCACUGGAGCUCCGAGACGGGACUUCUAGGUGAGACGGCGGUUGGCGCAUUGGCUUGUGUGCCGGGGGUCAUACAGAUGAGGGAUUUGUGGAGGAGGACUGCUGCUGAGUAG